AGUUUCAUCGUCGGCAAUAGCUGCAGCGGUUUAGCCCUCGGCACCAGCCGCUCAGCAGUCGUGCAACGCCGCGAGCAACAGCAACUUGCAUCCAUUGCAGCAAAAUACCUUGACAGCACAGCCCAAGCUGGCCUGCACGACACUCGCAUUAGCAAUUGCGACUCGUUGCAGCAAAACGACACUUGCUUUCAUAAUGCAUGCUAUGCGCGCGUUCGUCGUAGUCUGCACAGCUCACGCCCUGAUUGCACCACCCGUGCGCCUCCGCGAGCGGACGGCGCCGCGGGCCACCUCGGGGGACUACCUCGCGGGCCUCGGGCAGUCGACGAUCGAAGAGGUCGACGCCGUCGUGAUCGGCUGCGGGCCCGCGGGCCUGGCCGCGGCCGUCGAACUCAAACGCCGUGGCUUCGACAGGGUCGUCGCGCUCGAGCGGAGGGAGGCGCCGGACGAGUUCGAAGUGGCGAAGGCGUACCUCUACCUCGUGGACCGCCGCGGCCAGCGCUGGACCGACGCCGUCGGGGCCACGGACGGCAUCCGCGCGCGGGGCGUGUCCAACGAAGGAUUUUCCCUCACGCGCAUCUACCCGGACGAAAAGGGCAUCUUCCCGACGAAGCCGGUGCUCGCGCGGCCGGGCGCGGCGCAGGCGGUCUGGAUCCCGCGCGCGUCGCUGCUCGCCGCGCUGGCCGAGCGGGCCGCUCACGACGGCGCCGAUUUGCGGUUUGGCGUGUCCGUCGACGGGCUCCGCGCGGCCGACGACGGCGCCGUCGACAUUGCGUGCGGCGCCACGACGCUCCGGACGCCACUUGUCGUCGGCGCGGACGGGGCGCGGUCGCGAGUGAGAGACUUCCUGGCAAAAGAGCUGCCGGCGUCGAGCUUCGAGCCGCGCGAGCUCGCAUCGCCGUCGGCCGGUCUCACGUACAAGAUGCUCCAGGUGCCGCCGUCCUUCGACGUGACGAACAAAACGGACGGCUCGAGUUUCACGACGCGGUCGCGCGACGCCUACACGGUGCCCUCGCGCUCGACCAAGCCCAACACGCGGCGGCUGAGGUUGGGCCUCCUGCCGUCGCGCGACCCGGAGCUGCCGCGCACGGCGAACAUCAUCCGCCCGGCGAACCACGAGAUCUGGGGCUGCGCGACGGGCGCCGAGGUGCGCGAGUUCCUGCGCUCCGAAUUCCCGCAGCUGCCCGACGCCGUGGUGUCGGACGAGGCCUGCGAGGCUUUCGCCAUCGCGGAGCCCGGCGCGUUUCCCAGUCCGCAGUACGUCGAGACGGUGGCCGCCACGGUCGGCGCCGCGCGCUGCUUCUUGGUCGGCGACGCGAUCCACGCCUUUCCCCCGGAUCUGGGGCAGGGCGUCAACGCGGCGCUGGAGGACGUGAAGACGCUCGGCGACGUGCUCGACGAUCAGAACGCCGUCGCCGCGUACCAGGCGGCGCGGGCGCCGGCCGCGAAGGCGAUCGCGCACCUCGUCCAGCGGGGCUUCCCGUACCAGUACGACCAGUCGGUCUGGCGCCAGCGGCUGUUCACGGUGGGGCUCGUCGGGCGCGUCGCCGCGAACGCGCUCGCGGCCAAGCUCCUGCCCGAGAAGAUCGCCAAGAGAGUAGCGCCGCCGCCCGCCGCGUUCUCGGUCAUCGACGGCGAGGACUACGUGGGUGUCUGGAAGCAUAUUAAAAGGGCGACGCGCGCGACGGCGGCGCUCGCCGUCGCCGUCCUAGCGCGUGCUGUGAUAUAACUAAC